GUAAACUCAUGGAAUAUGUUUCGAUUGAAUAGGCCACGUCCCUCUAUGUGCUAUAUUUCCUGGCGGAGACAUCCUCAACGCGAGAUAUGAAUUGAAGCAGCUCGGGAUCACUGAUAUGUACGAGGUACCUGUACCUGGUCGCAUUCACUCAGAUGAGGGUCAAUUGCAGUGGCUUGACCUUCUACUUGGAUGCCUCCAAGAAGGCGACAGAGCGUUUGCAGCUAAUGAUCUGAAGAAGAUGUGCACGAAUCCACAAUGUAGGUUGCUAUAUGACAAAACCAAGAAAGAGGCGAAAGAAGCAAAUCAGAAGAUGUUCACAGAGGUCAAUGAGCGAAAACACGAAACUAAGGAACUUGAACGGAAAUGUGAAGAAACAUUAGCGAGUCACGAGGGCCUCGUCAAAGUCAACUCGAUACUUAAAAGCGAGAUGGUACGCGAAAAAGAAAAGCUACAGCAAUUUGAAAUGUCUUUGAGUGAAAAUGAGAAAAUUGCAAAGCACGCUAUGGAGAUGUACAAGCAAAGAGAGCUAGAGCUGGAGAAGAAACUAAAAUCAAAAGAGCUGCACAUCGAAACAAUCGUGGAAAACUUACAGGAGACAGAAAAGACGGCAAGACGUGAGGUUGAGCGACUACAGACCGAAAAGGAUGACGAAAAGGAAAGAGCUGAGAAAGAGAAGCAGUCACUGUCAGCAGAAAUGACGAAGAAACUCGCGUCUAAGCAACAGCAUGUGGACACUUUGACAGAAACCGUAAGGGAGAAAGAGCGAAAUGAGACGACUCUAAGACAGCAAGUUGAAGAGCUAAAGAAAGGGAGAGAGGAAGACAGAGCAAGAGCUGAAAAAGACAAGCGCUCAUUAGCAGCAGAUAUGACGAAGAAACUCGAGUCUAAGCAACAGCAUGUAGACACUUUGACAGAAACCGUAGGGGAGAAAGAGCGAAAUGAGACGACUCUAACAAAACAAGUUGAAGAGCUAAGGAAAGGAAAAGAGGAAGACAGAGCAAGAGCUGAGAAGGACAUACGAUCAAUAGAAUUAAGCUGGAAGAAGGAGCAUGACUCAAAGGAACAGCUUUUGGAGCAACUUGAGCGUGAGAUCUGGAAGCUGAGAACCAAAAUUCAACUAGAAAGUGAGAUGCGAGCAGCAGAGCAGAAGAAGAAAGCAGAGACACAUGACUGGAGUUUAAUUCAUUGGAUGAUUUCUGGAAAACAAGCUCAAGGUGAGAUACAGUCAACGAUACAGAUCAUUCAAAACAUUUCUUUUAUUUUGUUUUCUUCAUUCAAACUGACUUCAUUCCUUUCCGUCAUCAAAGACAAAUCAUCAUUUGAGGAUAAUUCAACCGGAGGACUAGGAAGGAGUGAUACAUUACAAUCAGGAGAGGAGCCCCCAGAUGAUGAGUUUGCAGGCAUAUUACAGCAGAUAGCUGACGAUCUUUACGAUGAAGCCAAGAUCGACAGCCUUGCUGGUCAGCUGGGAAUCCUACAUGGUGAUAUACAGAGAGCGCUCAUGACCAAUGUGAAGUUCAACCGAGUUACCAGUGAUGGAACUCGCCAUAUACUGAAACAAUGGAGAAGAGGUGUGUCCAGGGAAGAUGAACGAAUUGAGCUUACGAAGGCACUGCACGCUGCCAAGUUGGUCAACCUUGCAGACCUGUAUCUCAGCGAAGGUGUAGCAGAAGGACAGAUCGAUUCGGAAUGUGCCAACGAAGACGACAAUGAUCAGCAACUCUCUAAUACAGAUGACACCUCUCUAGAACAGGACCGGACCAAAAGACACACUGACAUCCAGGUACUUCAGGGAGCUACAGCAAUCAGUAACCACACUCCUCGAGAUAGUCAUACAGGAAACAUGGCUGCCAAAGCACAGGAGAACGUGACAGAUGGUAGUAGGAGUCAACAUAUUGACCAAUCGCCGGAGCGCAGUACAGAGGACUUGGAUGAAUCUGAAGUGACUUCUGAAGAAGUGUCCUCAGAAGAAGUUCAUCCUGGAGAAGAUAUGAACAACGUUAGUAGCAUACAACCUUAA